AAGAGGGUACGAGUUCCAACUUCCAAGCGCGAAGAACAAAACAAGAGGAGCUCAUCGCUAGUUUAGAUCAGGAAAUGGCGGCCCUGAAGCGUAAUUCCGAUGAUGUUGGGUGGGAAUACGGGGAGAUGGUGGAUCCACUUGUUGACAAAGACAAAGUGAGGUGUAAGCUGUGCGGUAAACUAUUCAGUGGCGGGGUGUAUAGGAUCAAACGUCAUGUCAGCGGCAUUAGGGGUGUUGUAAAGCCCUGCCCCAAUUCAUCGGAAGAGCAGCAACAUAAAUGUAGGAAUGCCCUUACGCAUGCACACGCUAAGAAGAAUCUUGAGCGCAAGAGAAGCUCGAAGACCAAAAAAAAUGGUAAGGAAGAAAGGAAAAGCGCUAGAUAUUGUGCAUUGUGGCACGCAGAAUGUGAGAGAAAUUUUUUGUUGGAGGAAGAGAACAAAGGGCUGGUGGAAGAGAAAAAGAACUUGGAGAAAGUUGUUUCAAAGCUGCAAACUCAGUUAUUAGAAAAAGAGGGUAAGAGUGAGGAAGGUAAGGAUGUUGAGGGAGAGAAAAAGGAUGGAGAAGCUGUUGAUGGUGAAGUUGAUGGUAGUGAGGAACAAGUUAGGACAUAGCUCCAGUCUCAGCUUACAUGAGCCUAUCUGAUAUUGAAGGGGAGGUGUCUCACUGUCACCACCUUGACUGAUGAGGUUAGCUGCUAUUAGAAUGGUGAUGAUGCGGCUUAGAUGGAUUUACAAGCUAUAAUAAGGUGUUAAAAUGUUACUAGAAUAUUCUUUGAGAUUAUAAAUACUUGAUCUGUAGAAGUUGCUAUUUGAUGUCAAAAUAUUUCAACUCUUCAUACUAAAGACUAAGUUGACA